AUGUUCUUUAAUAUCUUUGCUAAACUUAUUCAUGUGUACUUAUUAUUUUUGAAAAACAAACUUGAACAAACGGCUGCUGAUCUUGCAUCGAGUAAAGGGCAUAAAGGGAUUGUUGGAUAUUUGGCAGAAACUGAUCUCACCAAUCAUCUUUUAGCAUUGUCUGUGAAGGACAAGGACAAGAAUGGUGUCAAAAGUGAAGUGGAAGUGGAUGAUGAUGAUGAUGAUGCUACACAUUCACAUUCUUUAAAAGGGUCACUUGUAGCAGUGAGAAGAUCAGCACAUGCAUCUGCUUUAAUUCAAGAUGCUUUCAGAGAUCGUUCUUUCAAUCAAAGGCAACAACAAGCAACAAAGGCAAAAACUGAUGAACUUGCUUUUGCUUCUUCUUCUUCUUCUUUACAGAAGAAUGAGUUCUUAAAGAUUCGUGAGCGUGUUGUCAAGAUUGAGGCAUAUUUUCGUGGGCAUAAAGUUCACAAGCAUUAUAAAAAGGUGGUGUGGUCUGUUGGGAUAGUGGAGAAAGCGAUACUCAGAUGGAGACCAAAGAGCCGUGGGUUGCGUGGAUUCCGGCCGGAAUUGAGAGCCCGGAAUCGGAAUAUGAUUUCCUGA